GGUAGCUCAGAGCUCAAACUAGUUUCUGUUCUCAUGAAGUGAAACUCACACAGUCGUUGUUAGUGAGAGGAAAAAUGGCGCAGCAAACAGUUCAGCUGGACAGAGAAACUUUCUCCUGUUCGAUCUGCCUGGAUCUACUGACGGAUCCGGUGACGACUUCCUGUGGACACAGCUACUGUAUGAACUGUAUUAAAAGCUUCUGGGAUGAAGGUGAGCAGAAGAAGAACUAUCAUUGUCCUCAGUGUGGGAAAAUCUUCACACAAAGGCCUGAUCUAGAGAAAAACACCAUAUUAGCAGCUUUAGUGGAGCAGCUGAAGAAGACUGGACUCCAAGCUGCUCCUGCUGAUCUCUGCUCUGCUGGAUCUGGAUAUGUGGCCUGUGAUUUCUGCACUGGACAAAAACUGAAAGCCAUCAAGUCCUGUUUAUUCUGUCUGGCCUCUUACUGUGAGAAACACCUUCAGCCUCAUUAUGAAGUGGCUCCUUUAAAGAAACACAAGCUGGUGGAGCCGUCCAAGAACCUCCAGGAGAACAUCUGCUCUAAGCAUGAUGAGGUGAUGAAGAUGUUCUGCCGCACUGAUCAGAAGUGUAUCUGUUAUCUCUGCUCUGUGG